GUUUGUUCCUACCCGAGCUACAAUGAGUUGUGCAACCUCGUCUUGUUGCUGAUUUGGUGACACAUUCAGCAACAAGCUGACAUUGGCCAGCAGAGAUGUUGCUGAAAGAUAUACCCACAGAGGCCCUGUUGCGGCCUUUGUCCAGGAAUGAAGUGGUGGGCUUGUUGGUGAGGUUGACUAUUCUUGGUGCUGCCACUUACUACAGCAUUAAAUGGGUUGUGGACACCAUGGACCCGACCUCCAAACAGAAAAAUCAAGAGAAGAAAAGGGCAGAACAGCUGAUGAAGAGGCUCGGCAUUGAGGGGGUCAAACUUACAGAGUAUGAAAUGAACAUCGCGUCUCACCUCGUUGUUCCACAGUCAAUGACGGUGUCAUGGAGAGAGAUAGCCGGCCUAGAUGAGGUUAUCAGUGAGCUGCAAGACACGGUCAUCCUGCCCUUUCAGAAGAGGCACCUCUUAGCUGGAUCCAAACUCUUUCAGCCUCCUAAAGGUGUUUUAUUGUAUGGUCCCCCUGGCUGUGGAAAAACUAUGAUCGCCAAGGCAACAGCUAAAGCUUCAGGAUGCCACUUCAUCAAUCUGCAGACAUCUUCACUGACAGAUAAGUGGUACGGAGAAUCACAGAAGCUGACAGCUGCCGUCUUCUCAUUGGCCGUCAAAAUCCAACCCUGCAUCAUCUUCAUUGAUGAGAUCGAUUCAUUUCUAAGGAAUCGCUCCAACCUGGAUCAUGAGGCUACAGCCAUGAUGAAGGCCCAAUUCAUGAGCCUGUGGGAUGGCCUACAGACUUCCACAGGCAGCCAGGUGAUGGUGAUGGGAGCAACAAACCGGCCACAGGAUGUAGAUGCCGCUAUUCUGAGGAGGAUGCCCACCGCUUUCCACAUUGGAUUGCCAAAUGCAAGACAGAGACAAGAAAUCCUGCGACUGAUCUUGGCAGGAGAAAACAUGAGCAAUGCCAUUAAUCUAAAAGAGAUCGCUGAGCAGACAGAAGGUUAUUCUGGCAGCGAUCUGCGAGAGCUGUGCCGCGAUGCUGCCAUGUAUCGAGUACGUGACUAUGUGCGGAAGCAACAGAUGAGGCAGAUUGCUCAGCAGCUAAAUGACUUUGAGGAUGAUGAAAGUCCUGUCGAUGAGGAGCGUUUGCGGCCAGUCACCCAGCUGGACCUGCUCUUCGGUUUGGACAAGCUGAAAGAAUCUAAGCUGGUUACAGCGUCUGCUGUGCCCAGCUUGUCAGAGGUUCCUCUGGACUAAAUGUUGAAGGAAUUCUCCUCCUGUGUUCCCACAGUGAGCUCCAACUCUACAAAAGAGAUGUUCCAUCAGCAAGUCACAUUGGAUGUUCAGCAGCCAUCUAAGCUUUUCUCACAGACAUCAUCUAGGAAGGGACAUGAGCGACGCUCAUUUUCAGCUACAUGUGUCCACUUAAACUACCUUCAGAAAUCUGCAGCUGCUGCUGGCAGAUCAGUCAAACAGAUCAUAGCCAGUGACGGUCUGAGCUGAAAGAAGAGGUGGCAUCUAUCAGAAAUGAGCAGAACUAUGAAGUUACUGCUUGUACUACUGCAAGCAACUUUUUCCUCCCCACUGUAUGAUUUUACAUGACGUCCUUCAAAUGCCAACAGAAACUUUGGGGCAGAUUGAUUAAUGUUCCCACUGUCAAAGAUUGGCAAGUUCUGUGAACUGGAAACUUUAAAGUGAGUGUGAAUGUCUCUGUUUGUGACCCUGAGAUGAACUGACAGAUUGUCCAGGGUUGUACCUGGUCUUUUGCCCUUUGACCACUGGGGAUAGACUCCAGCUUCCCUUACUUGGAGUAGGCGGGUAUUGAAAAUGAAUGAAUAGUUCCUUGCUCUUAAACUAAAAAGGCAAGAACGUUCGAUCAUAUAUAUAUAUAAUAUACACACACACACACACACACAGGCAUCAUAUCUCAUAUAUUCACAUAUAUUCUUGACUUGUCCUCUCAGCCUCUUAUAAAAAAAAGACAGAUGAUGCAUGUGCCUGCAUCUAUGCUUAGAUCCCUGAUUUUCACAUGUUGCAUAAUGUAAUUUUCUUUAGAACGUGCAGUCAUGUGACCAUUAGACCGUUAGUGCUGCUGUCACUGUUUUGGGGAUGCCACAUGACUUUUCUUUGUGCACGUGGGCUAACACCCUGAAUGUUCUGCUGUUUAAAUAUUUAUAACACUUAUCUAUUGAGGACAAGGAACAGUAAGUGGCCAGUAACAUUAUACUCCAAAGAGCAUCUAUCUGAACCCGGAAAAAUUCCAGGUCACAGUGGAACCAGAGGUUAAUGAUUUCUGGUCUGAAAUAACCAGAGUUGAAAUUCACAUGGCUUAAAAUACAGCAGACCAGAAUUCAGGGCAAAGAAUACAUGAUUUACUGUUUGUUAAUGAAUUAUGGCUCGUAACAAGCAGUUAUUAAAAGGCUGGCAACACGCCAUGGCAUUGAGUCUAAGUCCUUGUUAUCCCCUAAACUUUAGCAGAUAAUCUACAGAAAAUACAACUGAGCACAUAAAAAGAUGGUAAUGUUGUAUGUACACACACACACACACAUAGUGUACUUAACCAUAUUUCCGAAAGAUCUGAAAUAGUGUUGAGAAUGUGAUGUAGAAAGGAACACAAACUACUGAAACUCUUUUAAAGAUUUUGCAUGCAUGCACCAUUGUGUAGCAAUACAUUGCAUUAUGGGUAAUGACAAAACACAAUUUGGAACGAAACAUCCUACUUUUGUUCGAGUCAAUUUCUGCAACAUUAUGCUGAAUGUGAAACCUCCGUGUCCAUCGUCUCACCAGGGGGAAACUUUGCUUUUCCUUGAACGUCAGGUGAUCUAAUGGCAUCGACUGCACAGGGUCUGUAGUUGUUACGACCUCAUGUGCAAGAAGGGAAAUGGUAUUAACCUGGUGUAAGUAAAAAAAAAUAAAUAAAAAAAUAUUUAAAACGAUGCAAGCUGUCACCAUAUAUUGGUUAGUUAUGACAUGUUUACAUUUUUACAAUUGUAUGAGGUCACUGUAGUCUGCAGCUGCAGAACAAUGCUAGAGAGAGUUCAAGUGUACCCCCUUAUUGCAGUUGUUAUUGUGGCUAGUAGUUGAGUUAGCUUCUCUGGCCCACUGCACACAAUGCUCUUCUUGCUAGCUUAGGUUUUAACAUGUAGAAUUCUUUGAAAUGUGCCUGUUUUUUCUGUAAUAUCAGGCUUCUACCUGAUAUGAAAUCAUGUACCUAUCAAAUACACCUUGCAGUGUAUUUGAUGGGUACACUAUUGUUGUUGUAAUGUUAUUUAGGUAGUUCUGUGCAUACAGUAUGAAGUAUGGUACAAAUUCUCCAGUCCCUCCCAUUUCAUCAAACUAAGAAAACAAAUUUUGUUUAAUCACAAGAAGAUACAGCAGUUUCCGACUACAAGUGCAAAUAUGUUUGCAAAAUUAAAUAUGUUGUAAGUCCGGCGCUGUAUGAUACACGGUGUGCUCUAUGUAUGUAUGUCUGUGCAAUAUGAUGUGAGACUGCAGUAGAAUUUAAGUUUUUUUUUUGUUUGUUUUUUUGCUAUUAUUAAGAAAGGUUUGUCACUUUAAAAUCAUGUCAGCAUUUGAGUAGCUUUUUUGCAUUCUCAGUUUUGUUAUGCCAUCAUCUUUAGUUUCUAUUUAGAUGUUAUACAUUUUCAGUCAUGCUUCAAACAUUAUUUGUGAGGGUGCAUUUCUGUCAGACACAGAUUUUAGGAUUAUUAUUAUUGUUGUUGUUGUUGUUGUGAUUUCCCUCUGUAAAAAGUCUCAUUGUUUGCCUCACAAUCACAGCAUGUCAGUUUUCCCAGAGCUUGUUUUUUCCUAUGUUAGUAAAACAACCACUUGGUGGCGCUGUAGCUGCACUGCCUUGUUAUUGAGGCUGUACAUUUUCAGAUCUGUUUAUAACAGCAUGCUGAGAUAAUGAGCUGAUUCCUGUAAUGAGCAUCUGUUCCUAUUUUGUUGUUGUUUGGCAGCAUUAGGGCUCUUUAGACCACCGUGUGUGUCGGUCCAAAGUCAAACUGUUAACAGCUGAGCCACUGCAGGUUGCAAAUUCAAUUCCUUUUCUUGAAGACAUUAUUCUUCAGCAUUGUACUAAUGACUGCCACCGACCAAAUGGUCCCCCCUAAAAAUUGGUCCGCCCUGCCUUCACUGCGCAUGCAUCAUCAUCAGCAGCGGUUCACAGAUUAUCAACUCGUUUCUGCUUCAAACUGCACUCCAGUCAUCAUGUGUCUCAGCGACAGUUAUCUGAAGCUAUUGUACGACAAUCAUGUCCACAUAAAUUCAGCAUUAUUUCAUCAUAAAAGACAGAGGAAGCGAUCAGAGCGCCG